AUGUCGCAGGCGCAGCUCAAGCUCCUGAUUAAAUCGCAGAAUCAGAAAUUGGAAAUGCCGAUGGCAAUACUACAGCCGCCGAGGAUAGUGCAGAUAGUGCCGCCGAGGAAGGAGAAUAAAGUUUCGACGCCCAAGAAGCAGUCCCCAACUGUGAGUCCCCCUCCUCCUUCGAUUCCUAAAACAACUGGACAUCAGGAGCAGCAGGAGCAGCAGAAGGCAGAGGAGCAGCAGCAGGAGGUCUUCACUGAGCAGCCGCUUCAGCAGGAGCAUCAGCUGGCUCCAGGUCCAGUCGAAUAUUACCCGGAGCAGCAGCAAGAUCCACCCUAUGCUGAUCCAGCAACCAGCCAGGAUGCAUCUGACCAACUUCCAGUGGACCAGGACUGGCGACUUGAGGACGACACCGACUUCAGUUCCGAUGAGCCAGAUCAUUAUCCUCAGCAGCCGCAGCAGCCGCAGCAGCCGCAGCAGCAGCAGGAUCAGCAGCAGCCAGAUAAUAAUGACUAUUUUGAUCCAUCGACCACGGAGACCAUAACACCGCCGACCAUGGGCACCAAUGGGCCAGAAAUACCGACCACCAUGGAGGUGGUGCCACUGGGCAGCUACGAAGUGCCGCCUUUGGACCCCGCCACCCUGAACAUGAACUUCCAGAGCAUGACCUUCACGAGCUACUCGAUGCAGGAGCCGCUCGAUGGUGGGGCCCCUCAAUACGGCGCCACUGAGUCGCCCACCCUCAUGUUGACUCCGGAGCAGCAGCAGAGCCUCCAGGCGGCCAUCUCGCGGCAGGACGUUCCGCUGGAGACUGCUUUGAUGGCCAUUGCCCAGGACUUGCGCAGGGAGCUCUGGAAUCCACCGGUGGCGACCAUGGCCAAUCCCCCGCCGGUCUAUCAGCCGGCCGCAGCCGCCUAUUCUGUGCCCAGCCAGCACUUCAAUGGCUACACAACGCAGCCAGCACCCGGCUAUGAUCCCAACCUCAAUCUCUAUCCCUAUGCUCAAGCCUAUCCCCAAGUCUAUCCACAAACCCAUCCACAAACCUAUCCACAAGCCUAUCCACAAGCCUAUGCCCAAGUGCAGCCUCAACCACAACCGAUGAUGCAGGUGCUUAGGAAUUCGUUUAGCAGCAUAGCCUAUACAUUGAUCAGUGAUCAGUGA